UACAUAAACAUGGGUAUGUUCUCAUUUGGAGCCAGAACACAUGGUGGCAUGUUCACAUUCAACAAGGAUGAUGGUUAUCUUGAGGCCUUGCUCAGAGGUUUCCGAAAGGGAAUACUUGUCGCCAGUGACUACUCCAAUCUCCGUCAAUGCGACAACCUUGAGGAUAUGAAGUUACAUCUUACCCAGACAGACUAUGGCGACUUCUUGGCUGGCGAACCAAGCCCACUACACACAACAAACAUUGCAGAGAAGGCCACACUGAAGUUGGUGGACGAGUUCAAUCACAUUCGUAACCAGGCUGUCGAGCCACUGUCGACCUUUUUGGACUAUAUAUGCUAUGGAUACAUGAUUGACAACGUCGUCCUGCUGAUCACGGGCACUCUGCACGAGCGCGACGUCACUGAGCUGGUGGAGAAGUGCCACCCACUCGGCCUGUUCAAGUCGAUGGCCACUCUGUCGGUGGUGCACAGCGUCGCCGACCUCUACAACUUGGUGCUGAUCGACACGCCGCUCGCACCCUACAUCCAGAACUGCUUGAGCGAGGAGGAUCUCGACGAGAUGAACAUCGAGAUCAUCAGAAACACACUGUUCAAGGCCUAUCUGGAGGACUUCCAUCACUACUGCAACAUCGUCGGUGGACAGACCGCCUUGAUCAUGAACGACAUCCUCAACUUUGAGGCCGAUCGCAGAUCAAUCAACAUCACCAUCAACUCGUUCGGUGCCACCGAGCUCACCAAGGACGACCGUGAGAAGCUGUACCCAGCCAUCGGUGUCCUCUACCCCGAGGGCACUGCUCGUCUCGCCAAAGCAGAGGACGUCGACUCUGUUCGUUCAGUUCUCGAUGUCUACACAGCAUAUAGACCAUUCUUCUCGGAAGGAGUCAACUCAGAGAUCACACUUGAGGACGCAUUCUUCAAGCAUGAGGUCCAGUUGAAUCGCAUGGCUUUUAUGGAUCAGUUUGGAUAUGGCGUGUUCUACGCCUACGUUCGUCUGAGGGAGCAGGAGAUCAGGAACAUCGUCUGGAUUGCUGAGUGCAUCAGUCAGAACAUGAAGCAGAAGAUCGAUCAAUUCAUUCCAAUCUUU